UCUGCAGGCUGCGUGGCCACUAACCGACAACGCUUCAAACUCCUGACUCUGUUUUAUAUCCUACUUCAAGCUCUCGACACGGACAAAUGGCUCAACAUUUUCCUAAAAACCGAGGAGACGAUAUAAGUGUGAAACCUGACGGCGUAUUCUUUUAAGUUGAACCACAACUUUGCAGAUAUCAACAACGGAACAAGUUGUUUCCUCUAUAAAGGAGUCUCUCCUACCAAGGUUAAAGUCAAGAUGUCUGUCAGCAACCAUGAAAAUAGGAAGUCUCGCUCCAGUUCCGGCUCUAUGAACAUCCAGCUGUUCCACAAGACAUCCCAUGCAGACAGCCUGCUGACGCAGCUCAACCUGCUUCGCAAACGUAAAGUCUUUACAGAUGUCGUCUUGAAGGCUGGAAACAGAUCGUUCCCCUGCCACCGCGCCGUGCUGGCCUCCUGUAGCCGGUACUUUGAGGCUAUGUUCAGCGGUGGUCUCAGGGAGAGCCGUGACGCUGAUGUAAACUUCCAUGACUCUCUCCAUCCAGAGGUGCUGGAACUCCUGCUCGAUUAUGCGUACUCAGCCAGGGUCAUCAUCAAUGAGGAGAACGCAGAGUCACUUCUAGAGGCUGGUGACAUGCUUCAGUUUCAUGACAUCAGGGACGCAGCAGCAGAGUUUCUAGAAAAGAAUCUCCUGGAGUCAAACUGUUUGGGGAUGAUGCUGCUGUCUGACGCCCACCAGUGCCAGAGAUUGUACGAGCUGUCAUGGAGGAUGUGUCUGGCGAAUUUUGCUACUCUCUUCAAGACAGAGGACUUCCUCAGCCUGCCCAAAGACAAAGUCCAGGAGCUGAUCCUCAGCGAAGAGCUGGAGGUGGAGGAUGAGAGCCUGGUGUACGAGGCUGUCAUUGACUGGGUGAAGGCUGACAUUGAGCGUAGGCACAGCGAGCUGCCCGAACUGCUGCGGUGUGUUCGCCUGGCGCUGCUUCCUGAGACGUACCUGUUGAAAAACGUCGCUUCAGAGGAGCUGGUGAUGUGUCACAAAGUAGGUCGUGAAAUUGUGGAAGAUGCUGUGCGAUGCAAAAUGAGAAUCCUCCAGAAUGACGGAAUUGUAACAGGGUUCUGUGCCCGGCCAAGGAAGGUGAACCAGGCCCUACUUCUGCUGGGAGGACAGACCUUUAUGUGUGAUAAAGUCUACAUGAUUGACAACAAGACCAAGGAGAUCACCCCCAAAACAGACAUCCCCAGCCCCAGGAAGGAAUGCAGUGCUUGUGCUAUUGGUUGCAAGGUUUAUGUUACUGGAGGGCGUGGCUCUGAAAACGGGGCCUCCAAAGACGUGUGGGUCUAUGACACAUUACAUGACGAGUGGUCCAAAGCUGCACCAAUGUUGGUGGCACGAUUUGGACAUGGAUCAGCAGAGCUCGACCACAUGCUGUAUGUUGUUGGAGGACACACUUCUCUUGCAGGAUCCUUCCCUGCAUCUCCAUCAGUGUCACUCAAACAGGUGGAACAGUACGACCCUCAGACCAACAAAUGGACCUUGGUGGCUCCGCUCAGAGAGGGUGUGAGCAAUGCCGCUGUCGUUGGUGCCAAAAACAAACUCUUUGCUUUCGGAGGCACCAGUGUAAACAGAGACAAAUACCCAAAGGUACAGUGCUUUGACCCUUGUCAGAACCGGUGGUCCGUGCCAGCCGCCUGUCCACAGCUGUGGCGCUACACUGCAGCGGCUGUGGUCGGCAACCAUGUGGUGGUGAUCGGAGGGGACACUGAAUUCUCAGCAAGCUCUGCUUACCGGUUCAACAGCGAGACGUAUCAGUGGUCAAAGUUUGGUGAUGUGACUGCCAAACGGAUCAGCUGCCAUGCGGUGGCAUCGGGUAACAGACUGUAUGUGGUUGGAGGGUACUUUGGAGCUCAGAGGUGUAAAACAUUGGACUGUUAUGAUCCAUCUUCUGACUCUUGGGACAGUGUGACCAGUGUACCCUACUCCCUCAUUCCUACUGCCUUCGUCAGCACAUGGAAGUACCUUUCAGCAUAGAGAGAGACGCGCUGACUCUCUGAGGUUUCUACGAUCAGCCACGGUGUCUGGUAUGCAGGCAUGCGUUUUCCCCCUCGACCAGGAGGAGAGAGUGAAGAGUUUGUGUAUUCCUGUUGUGGCUUCAGAAUCACAUUUUCUUCAGCUGCGACGGCCUGGAAACAGCCCAGAGACUGGAAGUCUGCGGCCUCUUUUCCACCUGAUCUGAUUUCUGAUACUUCUUGUGUAACUUUCCCAUGUAGCCUGAGCUGGACUCACUGCUAUGAAUACUGCACAGACUCCAUCAGUCUCUUGAUUACAUGUGAAGGAAACAUCCAACCUAGAUGUGUGCUCUGGUCCACAGACUUUUUUACAGUGACUGUCUCAGCCCCACUGACUCACUCCAUCUUCAAACCAGUAGAUUACCAGUUUAACAGACUCCAUAAGGAUCACUCUUGAUGACAUGAGAUCAAAAAGAAACCCUGCUGUCCUUUGUUGUGGUUUCCUUUUCCUCCUGACACUGGGCAUUUACUCAGGUGUAAGUUAUUUGGACUGCUGAUAGACUGAAUUAGACCUUUGCUGUGCCAGGCGUAUAGGGGAACGAGAGAAGACACUUGGGAAAGUGUAUGAUUUUGUGCACAGAAACAAUCUUCCUGUCUGUAUUUUUAGACUUUGGACUCGGGCUUCCCUCAAUUUUGGUGAGCUAAAUUUGUAUCUUCCUCCUCGACUAAAAUACACACUCCAAAGAGAGAGGAUGUCGCCAAUAAUGGCUGAAGAAAAUGCUACUUUGGUUCAAGUUUUUAAAUGUUUUUGUCUGUUUUAUGUCUCAGGGUUAUGUUGUGUUUCCUGUAAUUGUACAAGGAAGGGUGACAUUUUUCUUUUAUUUCAGUUUCUUGUGAAUGUAUUAUUUUGUGAUAAAAUAACUGUAAUGUUGGAGUACAUGUUUUGCCAAGUGAAAAGUGUGAUUGUGUUCAGAAGUGUGGUCAUAUUUUUAAACAUAAGUGUUGCCAAAAUCUUAACCACAUAGUUUCAUUUUGAUCAAAAUAACAAAAGCUAAAUACUUUAAAAGUAGACGAUACUUUGUAGCUGUAGAUAUUUUUAUGUUCUUUUUCAGGACCUUUAAUGGACGUCUUUUUGUGUACAGUUUGUUUUGUUUUGUCAUUUUUAGAAGCCUUUGAUUUUGCACAUUUUGUACAAAGAAACUCUUUAUGGUCUUAAUAUUUGUAUCUUUGUCUUAACCCAGCACGGGUAAUGUGAAUAAUCAAAGCCUUUUGUAGCAUUUUUACCCCUAACAAUCUUCAUUUGCCUUGUGUGCAAGUAUGCGGUUUUCCAAAUUUAUCCAAGUAUAUGUUAGAUUUACUGAUACAUUAAGCUCUAACUGAAACAUCUCCUGUUACUUUGUGCUCUGCAGCUCGUAUUUCUUCAAUAAAGUA